UGGGCGGUCGGAAUGGUACUUGUGGGGAAAGCAUCUAUGGUGUAAAUUUCCCGAAUGAGAUGCCUAUACUUAAACAUGAUGAACGAGGACUUCUUACCAUGAACAUUGCUGAUCGUUAUGGAAUUGGGUCACAUUUUGUAAUCACACUGAAACCAGAUUCGGGUCUUGACAGGUUUCAUGUGGUUUUUGGAAAGAUUAUUCGGGGAUUCAAAACAUUGGAUAAGAUUACAGAGGCGCCUGUGGGUGAGGGGGCAACAGUUCAAGUCUCAGAUUGUGGUGAAUAUGCUAGAAUUGGUAUUUGUUUUGCGUUUCUCAUAGUUUCUUUAUGCUUCGUUUGGUAUGCUGGAAUUGGUGGGUUAGAAUUGAAAUUGGAAUGGAAAUCUGGACUAGAAAUGGAAUAG